AGAAAUUUUGUUUAUUCGAACUUGAUAAAAUAGCGAUGAUGCUUUUAAUUUCAGUAUCUUUGUUGAUAUUUACAGGGUCUAAUUUGGUGUUUGCUGUAAACAAAGAAGACCCAGGUAUGAGAUGCAUCGCAGAAAAUUCAGGAAAAACAGUUGUUGUUAAUGAUUUGGAAGAAAACGAAAGAGCAUUGAUUUGUCUGAAACACGACGGGAAGUACCACUGGAAAGAGCUAGACAAUAAUCCAUCAGUGGGUGAAUUUUACAAUCCCGGUAAAGAUUGCACGGAUAUUGUGCGACGAAGACGCAGUGCAAAAACGGGUUCUUACUGGAUUAAUGGUCUUGGUUUGAAUACGACAUUAAAGGUGUGGUGCGAUGUUAAAACAGACAAAGGGGGUUUUAUGUUAGUUGGCAACAAAAACAGCCCUAUUUCUUGGACUGUACCGUCUAACUCACAGAUAGUUACACCGAAUGGGCCACCACAUUGGUCAAGUGAUUUUGGUGACGUACCCAUGAUUGAAUUCCGAGUUCAAGUUUCAACAACUAACGACCCAAAAGACGUCAAAGCUGAUUGGCUCUAUCAUUUCACAAAUCCACGUCCAUUUACGAAGCUGUUUGUCAGCGAGAGUGGAAGCGGCUGUAGAAAUCAUUUCCCUGGCAUCGGACAUGUUGCGUUUGUAAAAGAUUUAUUGGUUGGAAAGGUUGUUACGAGAAAUUUUCAGUGCUCAAGAUUUGGACCAGCGUACCCUGCAGGACUGGGAUGGCAAAUGAUGAAUUAUUGCUUGAAAACCCCAUGCAGUUCUGGAUAUGCUGUAAUUUCUGGAAUAAACCUACGAUAUGAUAAGUAUGGAGGAUUCGGUUUCAGUACGUCUUUUCCACGAUCUGGAAUUCAGCACAAUUCUACAGCGUUUGUUGGUUGUGAUAACGAAAAGUGUUGUUUCUGUUAUGGUCCUAAAGGCAGUGUUGGUGAUCACUGCUCUCCUGGAUGUAAAAGUAUCAAUGGUGGCAGGGUAACUAAGGCUGCUUAUGUUUGGUUUUGGAUAAGAACAUCAAUUCCACCUUCACCGGUUUGGAAGAAAUGCGCCGAGUUCAAGAUGCGAAUGGAAGAUGGGAAUAAUGAGACUUACUUUAUUCACCCAGUGACUGGUGUUGCGAAGAAGGGCACUUGUUCUAAAAAUAGUGUGCCGAAGUUUAUUGACGGUAUUGUGGACGUUGAGAAUAGUGAAGAACUCGAAAACCUUCCUAAUGUGCAAGGGUUAUUAUCUUAUCGUAAUGACGACAAAAAGCUGUAUGUGGCUAACGGUGAUGGAUGGGAUGUUCUUGGGAGGGAGAUUGUGGAAAAAAAUCUCUCUCGACAACUGAGUAAAGAUAAAAAGCAAUUAACCUCAGAACUGAAAUUGGUUAGACAGGGGACUGAAGUCCUAAAGAAUGAACUGAAAUUUGUUAGACAAGAGGCUGGAGUCCUAAAAAACGAAAUAAAUCAACUGAAAAUGGAAUUCAGAAAUGAAACUCGUUCCUUAAAAGCUGAUAUUCAACAUUUAAAGUCAGGUGUUGGAGGAAAGUCGUGUUCUGAUAUCAAAAGAAUGCGACCAUCCGCAGGCUCAGGAGUGUACUGGAUUUGGCCGUAUCCCGGUUCACCACUAUUCAAAGUCUACUGCGAUAUGGCAACACAUCGGGGUGGUUGGACUCUGGUUUACAGUUACACUUUCACCAACUACAACAGCUUCAGUUCAGGAAGCAACGCCGUCACCCUUCGUCCAAACUGGUAUGCUCCAACAGCUGAUGUUCCAAUUUCAACCACCCCUCCACUCAGGGAAACUACACGAGGCGCUGUUGAUUACAAUCUUUGGAAAUACAUUGGGAAUGAAAUAUUGAUCAAAUCAAACAUUAAUGACUGGAUCGUUUGCCAGCCGAAUGGAGGAAGCCUGGUAACAAAGCAGGACGGAUCAAUGAGAUGUCAAAAUAUAAAACACGUAGCGCCAAGAUGUCACAAUCCACCAUCGCAAAUCUACUGGAUAUCUCCGGGUCCAACGUUUAAUAAGUAUUUCUAUUUCUUUGACGGUCAAACAAAUCGUUGGUGUCCAACACAUAAUUUUUGCGACAACUGCGGUGGCCACAAGAAAGGUGUAUCCAACCCAGGUGGAGCGAUAUAUCUGCGUUAAGACGAUUCCUGGACCCGCGGGAUAUGCAAAGAGCAUUUGUUAUCACUAUAUGAACACAGUUUUUUUCGAAAGAUGUUGCCUCAGCUAUAAUUAAAAAUGAACUACCAAUGCAUGCAAUAAAACAAUUUAUAUUCGUUGACACAAAUGUAGUAUGACUCAAGAUUAUCAAACCGCGCAUACCCUUACUAUUACCAACAAAUGCAUAUGCAUGACCGAUGUGUAAUAUACGCAAGAUAUACAUAAAGUAUUAAUGUAUUGAAUACAACUAGAUGAUUAAAAAAUUGUUGUGAUCGCAUUAAUUUAUUUCCAUUCGAUCAGAGUUUAUAUAAUUUCAUGGUUUACAAGAUUU